CACUUCGGGAAACUUUCGAGCGGCAGCGGCCGGCAUGACAGCAGCGCCCGCUGCCCGCGGCGUCGCCAGCGCCGGCCCGCCCUAGGGCAGGCGGAGCGGCGGCGGGAGCCCGCAGGAGGGAGCCCCGCGGCCGCGCUCCGCCCCGGGGCGCGGGCAGCGGGAGCCGCCGGCGGGGGCAGGAGGAUGAGAGCGAACGGCAGCGAGCUGAACGACUCCGCGCUGCCGCGGGACCCGCCGGGCGAGGGCGCGCCGCGCCGCCCUCCCUGGGUCACCGCCACGCUGGCCGCCAUCCUCAUCUUCACCAUCGUGGUGGACCUGCUGGGCAACCUCCUGGUGAUCCUCUCCGUGUACCGGAACAAGAAGCUGCGGAACGCGGGUGAUCCUUUGACUUCUUUUUGUGUCCAGAGAGAAAAUGGGUUGCCUGACAAAUGUGUGACUCAAGGGAGAUAACUUAUAGAAGAUCAAGUUGUAGCAGACAAAGUCAGGGUUCUGACGAAAACUGAGAUGUUGAUGACAAUGAACAUUGGUAUUUCAGACAUGAGUAACUUCAGGUAUUAAAAAUGGAAAUGUAUUUGUUGUAAGCCUGGCCAUUGCAGACUUGGUUGUAGCAAUCUACCCAUAUCCACUGGUCCUCACAUCUGUAUUCCACAAUGGAUGGAAUCUGGGAUACCUUCACUGCCAGAUUAGUGGCUUCCUGAUGGGCCUAAGUGUCAUUGGAUCAAUCUUCAAUAUUACAGGCAUCGCUAUCAAUCGGUAUUGCUAUAUCUGCCACAGUCUCAAAUAUGACAAGCUGUACAGUGACAAGAAUUCUUUGUGUUAUGUUUUUCUUAUCUGGUUCCUGACCUUCAUUGCUAUCGUGCCCAAUCUGUUUGUGGGAUCUCUACAAUAUGACCCUAGGAUUUACUCGUGUACAUUUGCACAAUCUGUGAGCUCAGCAUAUACAAUCGCAGUAGUGUUUUUCCAUUUCAUGCUUCCCAUAGCCAUAGUUACUUUCUGUUACUUGAGAAUAUGGAUCCUUGUUAUUCAGGUAAGGCGAAGGGUUAAACCGGACAACAAUCCCAAACUGAAACCACAUGACUUCAGAAACUUUGUCACGAUGUUUGUGGUAUUUGUACUAUUCGCGGUCUGCUGGGCCCCUUUGAACUUUAUAGGCCUUGCUGUGGCUGUCAACCCAGAAACUAUAAUCCCCAGGAUUCCAGAGUGGUUGUUUGUAUCUAGUUAUUACAUGGCAUAUUUCAACAGCUGCCUUAAUGCUAUCAUAUAUGGACUCCUGAACCAGAAUUUCAGAAGAGAAUACAAGAGAAUUAUUGUCACUUUUUGUACAGCAAAAGUUUUCUUCCAGGAUAGUUCUAAUGAUGCAGCAGACAGGAUGAAAAGUAAACCUUCCCCACUGAUUACAAACAACAAUCAAGUGAAGGUGGACUCUCUGUAAAAAUGGGAACCUUAUUAUUGUCAUUCAACCACAUCCAAAUACAGUGUCUGGUUUACUAGACCUGCUAUUAAAUAUUACAGUGAAAUAUCUGUUCUACACUGAAGGCACUUCGAUAAAAUCCUUUGCAUGAUACUUGGGAACCAAAAUUACAGAGCCUUGACAAACGGAUCCUAUUAUACAAUAAUGUAUCUUUCAAAUAGCAACACAGUCAUAUUCUUCAGGAUAUUACAGGAUUACACAUGGAUAAUUUCUUUUUUUUUUUUUUCUUAAUGGAGACAACAACUAGAGACAGUUUGAAACAGAAAUAUCCAUCUAGCCCAGCCAAGUAAAAGAAAUUACAAAACCAUUCUUACCACUUUCUACUGGCUUCUCCUUCCAGCCAGGUUACGGUCAUGAUUCUAAAACCUCUGAGAAGUUAUUUUAAAAGAUGAAAUCAGGCCAUUAGCAAAUAUAUUAGUGAGACUAUAUUGGUGAAGUGAGAAAUCAAGGUAUUUGAAAAGACAUCAGGAUAUUUGAUAAGUAUCUCUACCUAUAUUAUUUUGCUCCUAUAAUGGACAUAAUUCUUUAUUUUUGUGGAAAUUAAACCUCACCAGCCCUCCUAGGAAUGGCAUUCCCAACUGACUUCUAAAUUUUAAAAUAGCUUGUAGGAGGAUAAAUUUACCUGAUUCAUUAUUUUCAAAGCUACAAGGGCAAGGAAGAUAAACAGGAAGGAAAGAAGAGAGACAUAAUUCAGAAAAUCAAGCUAUCUGGGGGAGAAAAAAAGGUGAAGGAGGGGUGGGGAGAGAAAUAUGAAACACCAUUCUUCUUUCUGAAGAAACAGUAAUACAAGAAAUUGGAACGUCUCCCAGAGGAGAUUUUGGGAGACACCUCCUAGAAACAUAAGCAGGGAAGGCUGUUAUCCCUCAUCCCUCAAUUAAAUAAAGUAUGGAAUUUCUGAGCCUCUCCAAGAAGAUGAUGCAUUUAAGAAGGACAGCAGGUGAGGAUGACAGUUUGUCUGGUUAGCAGAAUCUCAAUCACAUGAAACCCUGGGAAAUGAGAAAUAUUUGCAGGAUGACCAUAUGAUAUCUCUCUCAACUUGACCUCCUGAAAAGCUCCUGAGACUAGAAGUUAUGCUAUAAAUUGCCAGAGAUAAGCUUUUCAAAAUAAUAAGUAGGUGUUUACCUACCAGUGAUGAAAACAGUAUAAAAACCUAGAGCAAUGAGACAUGUCCAAAUAAUCAAAAAGAGAAGAUGCUAUUUAUGACACUGUUACAAGGAGGAACACACGACUCUCAGGACAGGACUUGCCAUAUGGAUUUUCCACAGAUAACAGGUGCCUCUUAAGGGUGAAGAAACACACUGUGAAGUGAGGAAGCAAAGCUAGACAGGCUGUCUGCUGCAACAGUGAAUCUGUGUUUAUAAUCAAGCCCUUCGGUGGAGAAAAACAGUUUACAACAAUAGGUGUCACCUUUUUAAUUUAAUAGGCCAAGAUCCUUCCAAAUGAUAUGAAAAUAUCAUGCGGUAGUUUCACUGACCUUAGAGAGAAGGAGCAUUUAGGUCUGGAAGGAUACUCCAACUGUUGUAUGUUUUAAUGCUCAAGUGUUCAUACCCGCCCUGAUGUUCAACUACAUUUGAAGUAGUUGAACACCAGGAUAAGCAUGAUUCCAGCCAUCUCUACUGGACUAAGAGUUUCUGAAUAGCCUAUCAGACUUCUGUUAACAUAUGUUAAAAUGUAGACUAUAUUUAAACCAAUUCAUUUAAACUAUUACUUGCUAUGCUGGAAAAAAGUACUGAUUUUCAACAGCUGAGACUUCUUAGAAAACAACAGUCACUCUGUACUAUAUAAUUCCUUAAACUAGAUACAAAUCUAAUACUGUGUCAUCUCUCUUGGAUCAUAUAUUAGUGUACCCUUAAUUUAAUAUUAAUAAUAAGCUAAUGGGAAACAUUCAUAUUUACUUGAAAACUCCACUGAUACUUUGUCAACUGACCAGCUUCUUACCUUAAAAAUAGGUGCCUCAUGUUGCCACUCACUCAUGUCAAGUUGGUAAUGGAACUAAUUAACAUUGUAAAUCUCUGGAGACGAACUAGCCAGUCAAUGCAUUGCCAAGGUGUUUGACUCAUCUCUGUUUACAUUCAAACCCUUGUUGCCAGUCAGAACCACAGUGUAAAUAACCAGCUCUCUUCUAUUGUAGUAUGCGAUAUGAUAGAACAUGAUUAACAGCAUAAAUUAUAUCACAGCUUUCUUCACUGUGAUUUCAUCCUUAGAGGAUGCUUAGCUCUGUAAUUUUAUCGCUUUGUGUGUAGUGAUUUUAGAAUAACAAGGGAGGUAUGACCAUCUUAUAGUAGUCACUUAAGAAAAUACACUACUUAAAUUCUUACAAAACUUGCCUUAUUUAAAGCAUAUUUUCAAUGAAAAUAAUGUCUUAUGAUACAUCUAAUAAUGUAACAUAAAGAUAGCUUUAGUAGCCUAAUUAUCAGUAAAUCUAGAAUUCUGAAAGAUUUUUCACUUGCCCUUUCAAACUGAAAAUAUAUGUUUAUCAUGUCUACACAUUAAUGAGCCUUGACAGUUGUUCAAGAUACUGUACGCAACACUGUGGAUUAUCUGAGGAAUUAAAGUCCCUUUUAAUUUACAAGUGCUAAAAUAUAUUUUUGAUGAUAAUGAAAAUGGUUUGCUAUAUGCAAUAAAACAUAUUAUACCAAAGGUAUAUAUUUUAUUGAAUAGGCCUGUAAUUAAAAUGGAGAGCAUUUUUCAGAUCUGGUAUUUUGACAUAUUUGUAUUAAAUCUAAAAAUCACAGAAAUGUGCAUGUUGGUGUUGUUAUGAGCUGCUAAAUAUAGCAAUAAUUUUAAGAAAUUAAUCUCUUGUUCUUCUUUGGGGGAGGGAGGUAUGCUAGUCUUUAGAAUCUAGUUUAAAUUAUGGAUGAAACCUUUGAGAAAUAUCUGCUGCCCUCUUCAAAAUCAUUCUGCACUUACUAUCAUUCAAAAGCAUGUUUUAGCUAAGGUUUGCAAAACAACUCAUUGCAAAAGUGAA